AUGCCCAGGGCUAGUACAGCUCCUGGCGCACGGCUUCGAUGCCGGAGAGCUUGCGACAGCUGUAAACGGAGGAAGCAGAAAUGUAACGGAGAACAGCCGUGUACGAUUUGCAUACAGCGUCGCAAGGAAGCGGAAUGCAACUUCUCCGAUAAACCGGCCCGCUUACUGAAGGCUAAUGCUCCUAAGGAGACUAUGCUUCUUAGCGAGAACAUGGUACCGACGCCGCAGAGGCAAACGGCCAUGGAUCGCUUGCUGAACGCCCUCGAGGAUCAUAGCGCAGACGUGGAGCAACAAACAACGGAUGACAAGGAUGGGACGGCGCCUGUACCCAAGGUCGCCAGGCUCCUUCGUGAUGGACAAGGCAAAUUCAUGUAUAUUGGUGACUCUGCGAGCCUAUCGUUCCUGCAGAGUGUACGUCGUAUCGUCUCUUUGUCAAUCGGGCGAUGCGAGUUCACAGAGGAUACGUCACGGCACUCCAUGCUGGAGGCUUUCCAGAGUAGUUCGGCUACCCAAACAGGACCGUUAUCUGCGCCGCCGAGUAAUGACGAGGCGCAACGACUUGCUCGUCAAUAUGUCCUUGCUACCAGUCCACUACUGGAUCUAUUCGAUCUCGAUGAGUUCUAUCCGCGGCUCGCCAACUGGGUCGGGAAUCCGACUGGCGACGAAGAUACUGUCAGCUCGAUAUUCUACCUUGUUCUCGCCAUAGGAGGUCAGGUUUCGGAGAUCAAUCAGGAUCUCGCCGAACAGUACUUCGUCAGUGGCCGCCAGCUAGCAUUUUCCGCUUUCACCGAAACCCCCAGCAUCUACACGAUCCAAUCUUACGUCUUGAUCUCAAUGUAUAUGCUUGGUGCGUGUCGUCGCAAUGGCGCGUUCAUGAACCUGGGAAUCGCCUUACGGGCCGCAUAUGCCGUUGGCAUUCAUCGAAGGGAUGCGAAUGCCCUAUUCUGUACACGUGAGCGUCGGGCUCGGGAGCGUGUUUGGAAAAGCUUACGGAUGAUGGACCUGUUCCUUAGCGCCUCCUUAGGACGUCCGCCGGCGACCUCGGAUUUUGAUUAUGAUAUACGUGAUCAGGCGACAAUUGCAGGGGAGCAACAGCGACCCGAUUCAGAAGCGCAGCUAUCCCUAUGCGUGGUUGCAUUGUGCCGUAUCUUUGAUCGCAUCCUAACGGAAGUCUAUAUGAGACAAGUCGUCUCGAUCAAUGUUGCGGAAACGAUCUCAAAUCAGCACCGCGCUUGGGUCCGGAACCUGCCAACCUUUCUCAGCGGCCAGACGGAGCGGUUGAGUUCAAAAAAUCUUGAGAGCAUGCUGGCUGCGGCUCAUGUAUUCGGCGCAUAUUACUGGUCAAUCAUCCUGUUAACUCGGCCGUUCUUUAUAUUUCGUGUGUCUCAAUACGUCAGAAGUAACGGUGAUCCCGGUAUCAGCUCCACUGAUCCGAGAGCCAGCGCCUCUCGCAUCGCUCUUUUCUCUGACGCCUGUGUUUACUCUGCUCUACGCUGUCUCAACAUUGUGGACGAUUUGUCUCGAUUUGAAGCUCUACCUCGGAGGCUACCUUUCCUGAUCAAUUCAGUAUUCAACUCGGCCGUCGUGUUGGGAGCCGCGUUCUUUGCUGAGUAUGACAAUCUUCUCCCGCUCGAGGAAGGUAUGGACAAGUCCGAAAAGUUCCUGCGACUAUUUGUACCGCAUGAUCCGCAUGCCUGUCGUUUUUACCACAUCAUCAAAUACCUGCGAGGCGCGGUGGCCGAAUAUGUUCGCCGUCGAAACCGUCACUGGAUGGAACGCCGCAGCAAACAGGUCGACCAGUUGUUUGGUCAGGUAGGGCUUACAGGCGAACCAUCAGCCUCCAACAACAACGUGGCUGUAAAUCGCAAUGGCGAGCAAUCGGCCCCGUCUCCCUUAUCUCCCGAAAAGCUCACCACAGGCUCGCUUUCUGCACAAGGGGCGGAACACAUAGCCUCCACAGGUCAAUCGGAGAAUGACACUUGGGAUACCCUGUGUGGUCCUCAAGGAGCCGGUGCGCUGCCGUACGAUAGUACUAUAUCUACUCUGACAACAACGGGAAUACCCAUUGGUUGUUCACCGGGAGGAACCCUCACCACCGCUCAACCAGGAAUGGGAACGGAUGCUGGAGGGCAAACACCCUUGUCCGAUGUGUUAUUCUCGGAGAACGGCCUUCUCUACAUGGCGGAAGAUCUCUCCGUUUUUGGCCUCUGGGGAGAGACUUAA